CCGCACUAAUUUCUGACCCCGUCGAGCUAUAUCCCGCCACUCCGCCUUCCUAGCCUCCGCCUAGCAAUUCAACUUCUCACCAAUUUCUCUUCCGCAUAAUAUCCAACAUAACAGAAUCGCAACCUCUUUCCCAAUCCGAAUCCCUCCACCAUGUCUUCAGCAAACCCCCCCUUGAUCGUGAUCGUCCCCGGUGCCUUCGGCACCCCUGACGGCUUCAACAAACUACUCCCGUACCUGACCGAAGCCGGCUACACCACCCACCCCGGCGCAUACCCGAGCUGCAAUCCCUCUGAUCCGACCAACGUGUCCUCUGCACAGGAUAUCGCGUUUCUGCGCGACAGCGUCCUCCUUCCUCUGUUAAACGACCAGGGUAAAGAUGUCGUCGUCCUCGCACACUCCUACGGGGGUGUGGUUGCCGGUGGCGCAGCCAACGGCCUGGCGAAGGGGACCAGACAAGCCCACGGUCACUCGACCGGCAUUGUUGGGCUGAUUUACGUGGCGGGCAAUAUCACACUCGAGGGUGAAGCCCUCCUCACUGCUGUCGGUGGUGUUUAUCCGCCUUUUAUUAAAGUUGGCACGCCAUCUGAAGGCCUCGCUAUCAUCGAACCAGCAAUGGACAUUCUAUACAAUGACUGCGACCGGGCCCUCGAGGCGGAAUUGAAUGCGUUCAUGCAGCCGCACGCUCUCCGGGCGUUUGAAAUGCCCGCUACGGCGCCAGCCUGGGCGGAGAGUGCGUUUGAUGGGAGGAGAGCGUAUGUGCGGACCCUGGAGGAUUGUUGUAAUCCGUCCUCAUUGCAGGAUGCCUGGUUGGAGAAGUCCAAGGUCGAGUGGGAUGUCGUGGACUUUCAGACGGGUCAUAUGCCGUUUGUGAGUCAGCCGAGGGCUUUGGCGGAGCAGAUUGUUAGGUUUGUUGAGGGGUUUGGGCGAUGUGAUGUAUAGUAUAGUGUAGGCUGAUAUACAGUCAAGUUGGCUGCUCGUAUCAGUCGGACGGUCAACUUGAAAGCCUCAAUGGUGAUUACUCGAGUAAAUUCUAAC